AUGGGUCCUUUCGCAACCUCACUGGCCGUGCUGUUGGCCGGCGCCAGCACCGCUUCAGGCACCGUCUUCUCCCUGAAGGAGACGUAUGAUGUGUCCAACUUUUUCAACGAGUUUGAUUUCUUUGAGAGCAGGUGGGGCGGAGACGAUCCCAACCUGGGCUUCGUCAACUACAAAAGCCGCAAAGACGCAUUUGCCAGUGGUCUGAUCAAGUACGAAGGAGAUAAUGUCUAUAUUGGUGUCGAUCAUGAGAACAAAAAAUGGUCCCCCGAUGACAAGGGUCGUCCCAGUAUCCGUCUCGAGUCCAAGAAGGACUACACGAAGGGUCUCUUCAUCGCCCGCUUCAACCACCUCCCCAAGUCGGCUUGCGGCACCUGGCCGGCAUUCUGGACUUACAGCCCAGCCAGCGGAUGGCCCAACGGUGGCGAGGUUGAUAUCUAUGAGAACUGGAGCCUUGCUACGCAGAACCACCCUACUUUCCACACUGGCCAUGUGGAGGAUGUCGGUCGCUGCGUCAUCAACUCGGCUGGUAGCACGGGCUCGAUGCUGCGACCUGACUGCUCCAACGAUCCCUACAACCUCGGCUGCAACGUCGUCGACACGCAGGGACCUUGGGGCUCCUCGGACGGCGGUAUCUAUGCCAUGGAAUGGACGGAUAGCUACAUCCGCGUCUUUACUUGGUCUCACGGCAAUGCCCCCAGCAACAUCGACUCCAAGCAUCCCGACACUGCUGCCUGGGGCAAGCCCGUCAUCGAGGUCCACGACGGCCUCUGCAACAUUAAAAGACAGUUUGGUCCCCAGAAGCUUAUUCUCAACAUUGAUUUCUGCGGUACUGCUGUGGACGCCACGUGGGGCCAGGAGUGUGCCGCCAAGACUGGCGUAAACGUGUGCCAGGACUACGUGCGCAACAACCCCGAGGAGUUCAAGGAUGUCUACUGGAAGGUCAAGGACAUCCGCUACUUCGAGCAGGGCUUCAUCCCAGAUCCCACCUCGUCCUCUACCACGACGACGUCCACCUCUACCACAACUUCGUCGACCAGCACCUCGUCUAGCACCACGACGUCUACGACGACUUCCACUACGUCUAGCACCACCACCAGCUCGACCACCACCAGCUCUGUUCCCACUAGCACCAGCACCUCGUCGUCCACCACCACGCCUACCUCCUCCAGCUCCAGCUCCAGCUCCAGCACUAUCAGCUCUACAAGUUCCUCUACUCCCACCUCGUCUAGCACGUCUUCCACCACCACCGACAACAGCAGCAGCAGCAGCAGCAGCUCGAGCGCGGGUGGUAGCAGCUCCUCGACUUCCGCGGUGACCACCAGCAACCCUACCAGCACAAGCAGUGACACCACCUCCUCCUCGGUGCCUCCCACAAGCAGCAGCGACUCGUCCUCGGUGACCUCCUCCUCUGCCGUUACUACCUCUUCGUCUUCUACUGUUCCCACGUCGUCCUCCACCGAGUCCAACUCGUCCUCGUCGACCGCCACCACGACCGACUCCUCAUCUUUUUCAUCUACGCAGCCCACCAGCACUAGCUCCUCAUCCACGUCAGGCUCUGCAAGCACCUCUUCGACUCUUCCCGGCACCACCACUGGUGCCCCCGUCACGACGGGCUCCUCGUCGAGCACUUCUGCCCCGGCUGUGACCACCUCGUCGGAGGAGUGGACCACUUCUGUCGUCUACACGACCACGACCUACACAGUCACCAGCUGUGCUCCCACCGUCACCAACUGCCCCGGCAAGGGCCACGUCGUGACCGAGACGAUCCCGCUGUACACCACCAUCUGCCCCGUGACCCCCACCGCCACCGCCGCGCCGUCGCCCUCGAGCAGCGCUCCCGGCCAGCCCGAGACCAUCACCACAAAGGUCACCAAGGUCUACACCAUCACCAGCUGCGCCCCGACGGUUACCAACUGCCCCGUCGGCAAGGUCACCACCGAGGUCGUCACUAGCACUGUCUGCCCCGGUUGCAGCAAGAACACCGACAAGCCCAGCGCUUCCUCCACCGAGGCGGGCUGCCGUGGUGGCAACUGCGCCACUGGUGUUCCCGUGAUGAUUGAGACAUCCACCGGCCUCACUGCUUCGUCGUCGGUCCCCAAGGCCUCCAGCAGCAUCCAGUCGCUGCCGUCUACCGGCGUGUCCACUGGCGUGUCCAGCGUCACUCCCUCUGCUUCUUCGCACGUUGCGUCGGCUUCUUCGCAAGUCGCCUCGACUGGCAUCGCUUCCUCCAGCACCCGCCAGCCCACUGGCACCCAGACUCAAGUCCCGACUACUGGCCUCGCCAGCCCGAGCAAGUCUGUGUCCAGAGCGGUCGCCGUCAUCGCCGGCAUGCUGGCCGCUGCUCUUCUCUUGUAA